AUGUCCUACUCAUUUCUGUAUUCUCUCCUUGGAGAGGGUUUCCUGGAAGCUGCGGUCCUACGGCGACCGCACCGCAGCCGUCUCACCCCCUACGAAGCCUUAGGAGCCAGACGUUCCUUUUUGUCCCUGAUACAGAUUCUGGUUUGGAGACGUCGCUCCCGGCGGUGCUUAGCCGGCCUCCCCGCGGCGGGGGCGGGGGUGCCCGGGAGGCGGGGGUGCUGGCCUCAGGGUCCGCCCCACCGCUCAAAUACCCGCGGCCGAGCCGGGCAGCGGAGCGGGCGAGGCGGCCCCGUCAUGGUGACCUCGGGGAGCGGGCUGCGGGGCGGCUCCCCGCGGCGGCGGGGCCCCGGCGGCUCCCCCGGCCGCUGCCCGCAGCGCCCGGCGCGGCGGCGGCGCCCGGGAGCGGGAGCGGCAGUGUCGGCGCGGGAGAGCCCGGAGGAUCUGCAGGCUUUUCGCGACUAUGGGGAGAGCUGGUACCGCUCGCGCAAGGGGCUGGAAAGCCGGUUCCAGCCCCUGGAGCCGCUCGCCCGGCAGCCGCAGGUGACGGCGGAGGCGCGCUGCAAGCUGGUCAGCUGGCUCAUCCCCGUGCACCGGCACUUCGGCCUCUCCUUCGAGGCGCUAUGCCUAGCCGUCAACACCCUUGACCGCUUCCUUGCCACCACCCCCGUGGCCGCCGACUGCUUCCAGCUCCUGGGGGUCACGGCGCUGCUCAUCGCCUGCAAGCAGGUGGAGGUGCACCCCCCCAGCGUGAAGGAGCUCCUCGCCCUCUGCUGCGGCGCCUUCACCCGCCAGCAGCUCUGCAACCUGGAGUGCAUCGUUCUGCACCGCCUGGGCUUCGACCUGGCGGCUCCCACCGUCAGCUUCUUCCUGGAGCACUUCAGCCAGGUGCGGCUGGAGACGCGGGGAGCCGACGCGGGGGAGGCGGCGGAUGCUCGGAGCCUGGCGGGGGGAGUAGCGGAGCUCAGCCUGGCUGACUAUGCCUUCACCAAAUACGCUCCCUCGCUGCUGGCCGCCGGCAGCCUGGGGCUGGCGGACCGGCUGCUGGGCCACCGCAGCCCCCUGGACCUGCGGGUCAGCGGCUACCCGGAGGGGCUCCUGCGGGACUGCAUGGAACAGCUGCAGCUUUUGGUGUCUCUGAACGGGCAGUCCCUGCCGCUCCUCUUGCCCCCGGAGGUGGCUCAGAAAUGCCUCUGGCUGCGGGGCGGCCGCUGACCGCGGGGUGACAGCGGGGACACCAGCCACCCACCAGCUGCAGCUGCAGCCACCACAGGGCCUGUCCGGGCCUGGAGCUGAGCUGCCUCCACCCCGGCUCCUCACCUGUAGAGCUGAUGUAGAGUCUAAUCAACUAAGCGUUAGUAUCGUUGGAGUCUUAAAAACUGGAUCGUGUUUGGCACAUGAUGUUUCUCCUGGAUGUCAGUUGCACUGUACCUUUGCUGUUUUUUUAGAAUCCAGCAUGUAAAUAAUGUUACAGAAUCUCAUGUACUCUAUUAUUUAUUUGGAGGGUGGUCCUUAAAGGUAACGGUGGAAGGAUCAAACCGACGUUGAAUAAACUCUUUUCUACUUGUCA